AUGACGGUCCCAAACUCCGCCUCGCCCCGACCCGGCGUCUUGAUGCUUGGCACGGUCCAUCACGCAAAGCCAGAGCUUGAGAAACUCUCCGAGGUCGCCAGCAUAGAGCAAGUCACGUCAGGAACUCGUCAGGGCUUCAUUCGCGAAUGUGAUGCCGGCACGUACAGCCAUGUCGUCGCCAUAUCACGCACCUACGACUCCGUCGCUAUUACCGGACGAUUCGAUGCAGAGCUCAUCUCGCACCUCCCGGCCUCCGUCAAGUUUCUGUCGCACAAUGGCGCCGGCUAUGACCAGAUUGAUGUCAACGCGUGCACAGAAAGGGGCAUUUCCGUGUCCAACACGCCGGGCGCAGUAGACGCCGCCACUGCCAACACGGCCAUCUUCCUCAUGCUGGGCGCCCUGCGUCGCGCGUGGGUUCCUCAGCUCGCCGUCCGUGAGGGCAAGUGGCGAGGCGACAGCGCUCUUGGCCGCGACCCCGACGGCCUGACGCUGGGCAUCCUGGGCAUGGGCGGCAUUGGCACCGCGACGGCUAAACGAGCAGCUGCGUUUGGAUUCCGGCUCCAGUACCACAAUAGAAGUCGAGUGGCCGGGCUGGACGAGCUGUUUGCAGAGCAGGGUGCUCCGAGAUAUGUCAGCUUCGAGGAGCUGCUGCGAACGAGCCAUGUUAUAUCGGUGCAUCUGCCGCUGGGGCCGGCCACCAGGGGUCUGAUUGGCGCAAAGGAACUCGACGCCAUGAAGGACGGCGUUGUCAUUGUCAACACGGCUCGAGGCCCCAUCAUAGACGAGGCCGCCCUGGUCAGUGCCCUCGAAUCCGGCAAGGUGCGAAGCGUCGGCCUCGAUGUUUACGAAAAGGAGCCGGAGAUUCACCCCGGCCUGCUCAAGCAUCCCGGAACCAUGCUUCUGCCACAUAUAGGCACCGCGACCGUCGAUACCCAGAGAAGGAUGGAGGUUCUCGUAAUCGACAAUGUCAAAAGUGCAGUCACCCGAGGAAAGCUACUUACCCAGGUCCCCGAACAGAGACCUCCCGUGGCCAAGGUCUAG